ACUCCAUAGGAGCACAGCAAGACGCACCCUCGUUUACUACUGGCCAUUCAUUGUUGUUCGCUUGACUCUGUCGAUUUCUUCUAGAACCUGGUCACCAUCUCGCGCCUGGCUACAAAGGUUGGAACGCCUGGGCCUAACGAACGUUUUCCCCGUCUUCGCUCCGCAAUGAUCGAAUUGUCGCCAGAGCGCAGCAAGCUGCGAUAGCACGACAAAAUCACCUGCACCCAUGGGCAGGUGCCUGAAUGUCGACUUCUACUUCGAGACCUCCCGAUGGCCCAGCUGCCACCAGGGUCUCAGAAGAUCAUGUUGACCAGCGCAAGCCAUCGCCACUUCCAACCUUCCGUUCUGUCCACGAUCCUGCCAGAGAGACAGCAAGGCCAGACUCCUUGACAUCGGGCUCUCACAACUACAUAGACGACAAUCAUCACGCCGACCAUGAUCGCAGCCACGUAUCAGAACGAUUCUCCGUUGGUAGCAGCAUAGGGAGUGAUGGAUCGAAAGGGAAGGAAAAAGAAAGAGAAAGGGGAAAAGAGAAUGUGUCCGCCUCAUACCAGAUACCACGCAAUUCUGGGGGCUUUCUGCUCGAGCCUGUCGCGAAUGCGAAACGAGGAUCGCGGGCUUUAGUGACACCUUCUCACAGCGAAUCUAGGAGGAAGAGAGACAGCACAGACUCGGAGCUGUCUGUCUCCAAACGAAGAUAUAGGAACAAUGUCAAUCUGAACCCCUCUUUCAGAAGCUCGCCUUUGGCUAGCGAGUUCAAAGAAGAACCCGUCGUACACAACCAGUCAACCUCCGAUUCUUUGAUUCCGGGUACGGACAUCCGGAGGUCGUUGUCUUCAUCUCAACAUGAGCCUCGAACGAAUGGAAGUACGACAUCACACUCCCGCGAUGGCGAGGUUCAAUCAUCUCGUGGUGCGAGCUUGGGCUAUGACCAGGACCCGGCGCAGAUUGUACAGAUGGCACUUAGCUUGAGCGAAGGUCGACGGAGGCUGGCUUCAGGUCGAAGAUAUGUCUCGUUGGAUCAAGGUGAACGUCGUGUGAUUUCCACUGCGUCAACGAUCGAUCCCAGGAAUACAGUGAAAAGGAAAAGUAUUGCUCCCUUCCUGGCGACGAACAGACAGAAUUCGAGAACUGGGUCGCCAAAAGCGAGACAGGCCAGUCGCCGACCCGAGUCGAAGGAUCCCGCAUUGGACGAGGAUCUUAUCGACUUUGACACUGAGAUGCCCGAUCAAAUAUCGCCAGCUACGAUGACGCGUGUGGAGAAAGCAAAGCUGUACUUCGAACUUGCACACGAGCAUCGACGACUCCUCUCACACCUACCACCGAUCCGCAGACCUGGUGUCCCGCCACUAUCGUCCGAAGCCGAAGCAUUGCAGAAAGCAUACAACCCUCUCCAGUACGUCCGCAAUCGCAAACUGCGCAUUUGGGAAAAGACGUCAUUUGACAGCGAGGCGGAUGGCUGGCACGAUGUCGAGAAGGUUCGGGCCUGGGUAGAUGCUGUAAUCUCGAGCCAUACAGAGACUCAGCAUGAUCCUCUAGAAUGCGUUCGUCUACCUCCACUUGAUCAGAAAGGAGCAGCUCCGGAUGAUCAAGAACAAGAAGACUCCCCGGUUGAGCCAAAAAGUGCCACCUCCCCCAGAAUACAGGACCCUUAUCUGUCCAAACCGACUCGGCCGCGUUCUGACUGGGUCACUCAUCCUGCUGAUCUCCUCGCAGACGCAUAUUGGCUGGAGCAAGGCUUGAACAAAAUGAAGAUCCAAGAUCGUGACAAUAACCUGAUAUAUCCUCCAAACACUCACUUUAAAUUUUCUGGUUGGCGGCAUGACACUCCCAUAGACAUUCCGUCUACGCUACAGCAACGGCACUCCCCCCCUCAACAGGAGUCGGAACCGGUGGCGACGGAUGACAUUCCUCCUUCUGCUUUACCAGAGCUUCCCACAUUCAAGUCCGCCCAUUAUGUGGACAAGCAUCCACGCAGAAGCAAAUUCAGAGGGUCUUUACAGGUCAAAGAAUCAGACAGUUCGAGGGAACGCUCACGCAUACGGCACAAGCUGUUCCACGAUAGCGACUCUGAUGGAUCGGAGUUGUCGUCUUCGGAACAAAAUAGUACUGAACGUGGUCGUAGGCGGCUCAGGCGCAAACGGCUACAUUCUCCUCUUGGUAAAGAUCAGGACGCACCUCGCAGCAGCUCACCCUCCAAACAGUCUCCUCACAUCAAUGAUUCCAGCCAGCCAUCGUCGGCUGUGAAUUCGAAAAGAUCCUCUGUAGACCACUCGGCCUUGACCAAAAUCCUCAAGGUUGAAAAUCUGAAGAAAGCUUCACCUCUCAACCGAUCCCGCAAUAGGGACGAAUCGUCUCGUCCCACAUCCAUGAGAGGACCAAUGCGUUCAAGUCUGGACCAAGAGCGAGCCCCACGAGCAUCUAGCGACUACGAUACUGCCACUGCUCAGAAUUCGCCUGCCGUUCCGCAUUGGCCAAGCAUUGCAAUCAAUCUUUCACCUCCUCCAAGUCGAAGCUCGUCGCCAACAAGGAAGCACAUGUCCUCAAUCCUUCACCCUUUCCACCGCAAGCAAGAUUCGAAGGAGGUUGAGCACAUCAGCGCUACUGAUUUUGCGCGUGGUCCAUCAGUGCAGCCAAAUCAAUCUGCAGGUGAAAUCAAGUAUCAUUCAGACAGUAACGGUUCGCGUGGCACUAGCCCAAUGACGAGAGGUAUGAGUUCAGUGUCAAGACCUGGGACCGAAUCUACGCAUACCGACGACUUAGGUCCGCUACUCUCGGGCGACAAUAAGUCUCUUUCCAUCAGUAAGGUUACAACCCGCUCGGCAGGUACUGUUGGAAGUGAUCAUUCCAAGUUACGCGGGAUCUUCAAGGGUGGUCGUAUCGCCGAGCUUGUUGGUAAUGAAGUCUCUAGAGUUGGGGAUUUCAUCUGGAAGCGUGAUCCCCCUCCAUCUGACAGACAUAGGCCAUCAAUGUCUGACUCUAGUCUUCGCUCAUAUCGUGGUGGUUCAGAUUCGGAAAAGGAGACGAAUGUCAAUGGCAUCGUCAUAAAACAACCCCCACCUAUGCACCCACGAUCAAGGUCAUCGACUGUGUCAAGCACCAAAAGUGAACGCCUUUCGCCAACAGUUUCGCGGCUCAGCCCAACUGCCAGUGGCCGACCUCAAUACAACAAUCCCAACCUCCCAAGCUUCGUGUCACCCUUUCAAAGGGAUAGGGAACAGCAGCAACGGAAACAAGCAUUGUCGCCUGGUGCUGAUGGCGUCAGGAUGGAUAGUACAGAUCGUAUUUCCCGACUUGCAGCGCAACAUAGGUCUUCGUCUCAUUCGCCGCGUCUUGGUCGACUGGCUCUGCCUAAGCUCGACACAGGAAAUGCAAUGCCACCGAGCGACCUGGAUCGGAAGCAGAGCUACGGCUUCGGAGCGGCUAUUGACCUAAGUCGAUCCCGAGACGCAUCGGAGCUAUUGAACAAUGCUCUCGGUGCAACGACAGGCUUGACGGGUAUUCACGGUAGUCGAUCUGCUGGCGACCUGACGCGUGUUCCCACCACGUCAGAUGCUGGUGAUGACGAGGCCGAAGGUACUGGUACAUCCUGGCGUGACAUUGGUCGUGCUGAAGCUCUCUUGUACAGCUCGACAGUGAAGGCGCGAGAAAUUGGUCGUCGUGCGGAAGAGGAAAGGCCUGAGAUUCCCAGGUUUUAUCUCGACACACUCACUCCUGCAGACAGGGACUUGCACAUGUCACAACGUCAGCGAUAUAAGAAACGCGAAUAUUACAUCAUGGCGGCCAAGAAUAUCAUGAGUAAUCUGGACAAUCACUCCUCGGCCUUUAACGAGAAACUCAACCUCUUCAGUACAGAGGUCGCUCCUCGCCUCCACAUGCAACUCCAGACGUUGGAAGACAUGAUCGAGAACAGGAUGACGCCGCAGAUCAGGACGGCGGCCGACCACGCGGGGGAACUGAGCAUGAAAUUGACCACGACGAGUACCCUUGCGGUGAAGGAGCUGAACGAUUCCAUCGAGAAGGCGAUGCGAAACAGGCGAAGAGGUCCAAUCAGACUCUUGCGAUUGUUGCUGUUUGCCGGGAUCGAGUGGACCGUGGUCAGUUUGUUGUGGUUGAUCUGGGCCGUCGUCUCCGUGGUGCGUCUGGUCACCGGUACGUUUCGAGCAGUUGGUGGGGUGGUCAAAUGGGUUCUCUGGAUCAAUUGACAGUUCCGUUAUGUGUUCUGUCAUCGAGUUCUCUUUGAUUUUUUUUUGGAUUUCUUUGGUCCUCUGUCUGAUUUUUUCUUGUUUCUCUCGUGCGCAUUGAACGAGAAAUGUCUAAAGCGAUGCGAAGCGAAAGUCGGCAACCCCAUUUUUUUUCUCUCUUCUAGGAAUGGGACAGGACGGGAUCUUGGGAUUUACAUAGUAUAUAUAUAGUACUCGAAAAGGGAGUAGAAAAUACGCUUAAUGAUGUUGCUU